UUGGGCACUCACAAUUCGUAAGGGCCAAGGAAGUUUUUCGGUAAAUUUAUUUCAAUACUUUGCUGUACCGCACGGUUCCACAAAUUAUCCGGUUUUCCGCUCGUCCAAAAAUGGGCCCACUGCAGUAGUCCUUUCCGCAGGUUGCAGCUCCCUUCGUGUCCCCUAAAUUGUGGGGUACACCUUCCUGCGGAAUCGCCGCCGCCGCGACAGAAGAAGAGCGUAGAUACGCUCGGCGAAACGCGGUUCUGCGUGUGUUUUCCAGCUUUGGUGAACUGGUUGGCGGAUGCAUCUUCCGACAGACUAGUUCGUCGGCGACAAAACUUUUGUGAAAUUUCAAACAUCGCGUGGUGCGAAUUCCGGUUGUGCUGUGCGUGCGGAUACCAUUAGGGGUGCGCGUUAAGCAUCGAAACAUAAACAAGUGCCGACUGGCGCGUGUUAGGAGAACCGAAAAGAGCUGCAACGCAGACGCAAAACCCCGUGAAAAUGUCCAUCCUAGUGCAAGAGAACGGCGGCGGAGGUGGUAGCGGCAACCCGGGAACAAACGGACCUUCCGUAGCCUUACCUACCAGUGAGCUGACGCCGGCCGUUGAAGCCGAAGAAGAACGAUACGACUCCCGUUGGAGACAGUGUUUGGAGCAGCUCUCGCAGAAAACCGUGGUGUACAGCUGCAAAUGCAGCUCUCCUCAAAACGAGCCGGCAACGCAGGUUGCUAGCGAACCCGGGCUUCUCAGUGCUGCUGAAGCUCACGGAGAACACAUAUUUCCGGUCAGAUGCGGUUGCCAAAGUUGCCUGGAUUUGCGCGAGAUGGUCAUUCAUCUGUACAACGAGGACUGCCACUACAAUUCGCUCUGGGAACGGCUGCAGCUACUGAUGAAGCGAUACUAUGAUCUUAUACCCGAGUCCGCCGAUAACACGCUCUACAACUUGUACAUGGAGCUGAUGGCCAAGUCAUCUCUAAAGUGGCUAACUGAUGCGCGAACGAACACGGAGAAGAUGACCCACGUAUCGCUUGCGUCGAAUCUACCGCUCUCGAACGAGAUGACGUUCGUGAAACUAUCGAACGUACUAUUGACUCGCGAUCCGCAUCAACUGUUCGAACUGCUGUGCUUUCAGCUACGUUCAAUCGUGCAAGCUUAUUGCGUGGGAUUUGAGGAACUUAUCGUAGAAAAAGGAGAUGGCGAACGCCAUUUUAACCCUCCCGAUCUACUGAACUACAUUAUCGAUGGAUACGCUAAGCUGAUUCAAUCUGCAAGCACGGUAACUCCUCUGCUACUGGCGCUACAGCAAUGUCAUCUAAGCAAGUUCAACCUCACCUGGCUUCUGAUCAAUCAGCGCAUCUUUCAGCGCUACUUCUACUAUGAAGUUCAAACCGUUAUGCAGGACUGCUUAGUCCGGCUACCAAACUCUUUACCAGAGCGCGAGUACUGCGAUCUAAACAGCCGAUACAUGCUGUUUGAGGAAGAGAUGCGCAAGGUGACACACGUAUGGAGAGAAUCUUGGACAUUGCUCUACAAUUAUCACAAAGAUCCGGAAGAUUGCGAACGCCGUAAACGCAUAAAUACUGUUUAUGCGGUGCUGAUGGAUAUUCGAGAUUCGAACUGCACGUCGCAAGGCUCGGAGCUGUUCGAAAACCUAGAGCGACCGUUGGCUGAGUGGCUAGAUCUCGAAAAUAGAAAGUUGGUAUGGGAAUACGUGGUUUAUUGCCUCAAGACUCGGUGGGUGCCGUGUCUAAGCUCGCGGCUAACAACGGUAACGCCAAGCAUAAAAUGCCCCACAUGUCAACGUAUGUUCAGUACACACUCGAUCGAGUGUCAAUGUCAAACAUGCAUCAUAGGCGGUGGUGUAACUAAGGCCAAAAAAGAGCCUUUCUGCAAUCGAUGUUCUUGCCUCAAAUCUGUUCUGAACAAGCAAAACAGCUUGAAAAGCCAACCGUCUUCCGAGACAUCGGAUAGUGUUUUCCUCAAUGGUCAUCAUUCGCUGAAAGGUGGUCUACUGAACGGUACGGAAGAGAAUGGAAGAGAACCUGCGGACACAGCGAGAGAUGUGAACAAUACGGAUCUGCUAAGCUUGAGUGUAGUUCCUGUCGGAGCUGAGGUAGGCGCGAUGUAUCAUAUUGCUUGGGCCAUGUUCCGACACGUUGCAAAUCGUCUCCCAUAUACGGAAACCACGCUGGAAAGCAAAAGAGUUUGUGCGUUUCAAGUUGAGACCUGUCCAAAAGUGGCAUGUCGUGUGGCAAUUAACCUGCUUGGAAUGCAGUACCCUCUCAACCUGACUAAAUUGCUGCUUAACUCGUACGAACCUGUAAGUGAAGAAGCACGACGCAUCACUGAAACCGACUGGAACAUUAAAGCUCGCUGCGUCCUGCGUAAGCUAUGUGACGAUAUCAGCAAGCGGCCCAAGAUCGAUGCUGAAGAUCGUAUGUUUCCACUCGCAUUGGUUGAUGAACUAUGGGAGACGACCAGCUCCUCGCCCAAUCUCUCCAAUCGUCGCGCAUCUGAGUUGGCUGAGUGGUUCAUGGUGGACACGGAACCUCCGUCACGCGAAGUACUCAAUCAAUAUUUUACAAAGUUUUUGGCGUUAAAAAAUGGUGACAUUGUGCUGGAUAUCGAUGCUUUUUUGGCGGAACGCGCAGUCCGCCAUCGCAAUGCGGUAAUGUCACGCCGCUGGCGUGAAACCGUCGUUCAGAAUUUAAACUACAAAUCCACCGAACUACUCACAUCCUGUUCGUCCUCGCUUUUGACACCAUCGUCAUCGUCUUCGUCUUCUUCAUCAUCGUCGUCGUCAUCUACACUAUCGUCUACUUCUUGCCCCUCUUCCUGUACGAAAUCGUGUCACCAUUCGAUGCUGCCGGGUGCGUGCGCGGCCAGCGCCGAGGCAGGUGACGCCGUGACUACGAUUAUGCAGCGAGUGGCUGUAACAGCAGCUGCCGCCUGCUCCUUCAUAGAACCGUUUGCUCGCCCACAAAUAGACGAAGAGAAUGUUCAAUCUAAUCUGAACUGCAAUCACUGUCUGGACGAUGUCAUAUCGAAGAAAGAGGCUUUAGAUGAUUAUCAUAAUGAUCGUCAUAAAAUGGCAUUCAUGGGAGUAACAGAGUUGCUCAAGGAGAGUCUGGGUCGGCAAAGCAGCACAACAGAUGUAGCCACGACCCUGCGACACGUUGCCAAGGCCGGAGAACUAUUUAAAAAAAUCAUUUCGGAUGAGAAGAAAAAAGGAGAUGGUACCACUGGGCUGCCGAAUGGUGUAAUAUUGGAAGAGGAAUCCCCGAAAAAUUGCCCCAUAGUGGUGAACAGAAAGCCACAGGCAGCUGAAUCGCCGAUUAUAAGUGUCAAGGAGACUCUUGCGUCUAUUUCUACCGGUGAAACGCUUCGCAUAAAUGCUACUUCACUGCCAGCGUAUCAAGCAUUGAUUGCUCCAUCGGUCGGUUUACUAAAGAAUCAACUAAAUCCCGCAACGGUAUCUGUCCCUACAAAAGCAAGGUUAAAUGAACCAAAUCCAGUAAGCGCAAAUAAUGUGCCACAUUCUGCUGCCACCGGUUCUCCGAAAGCAACGAUAUCCCAUCAUGGAAAGGCGAAUUUGCAACCGGCCAAAUUGUCUACGUUUGCGAAUAGAGCGUGUGAAUUAAGAUCACCAAAUGGAAUUGGUACAUCUAACACGGCAGAUAGCGGUAGGAGCCCCAAACAACAGACAACAUUUGUCAACAAACCUAAAACGGUUACAAACCAAAACAACAACCCAAGACCUCUCGACAAUAGCUCAAAACCGCCACCGCCGCCUUCUUCGAACGGAUCGCCAACUUCAUACCACGGUAAGGCUUGUCCUUGUGGAAUACCAUCGCAUGCGCCGCAUGCCUCGGCACCGAAUACGCCCGGUUCGUCCUCUUCCAAGGCGACGCAAGCAACGGAGCAUUGUAGUGCAGCAUCGGCAACAUCUGCUGCGCAUCAUCACCAUCCAUCGCACUCAAAAGAUGAUCACAAAAAACCGUGCUAUCACAGGGUGGCUCCAGGCAGCUGUUCCGGCGAUAAAGUGGACGUCUGCUACUACUGCACGCUGUUUGGGCAGAGUGUAUGUUUAGAGUGCAAUCACAAUCAGCGAAGUAACGAAACGCGUGAUCGAUUACGGAAAAAAGUGAAGCAAUUGCAGAGCAGCAAAGAGCAACAACAGAAGCAGCAAACAAUAGCGCCCAUUCCGACGCAAAAACCUUUGGUGAGCGGUACAACAACGGAAAAAGUUACCGUUGCGUCUGCAUGCGGAUCAACAUCCGUAACCGUUAAAGGAUCGUUACCGGGAAACAAUGGUGCUGUAGUCACUGGCAGUGUAAAGGGAGCAGCAGAAAAAUCUGACAAACACUCAAAGAAAGCUGGCGACGCAUUUCAAUCAAUUGAGGAUAUUCUGCGUUUCAUUGAAGGCGACGACGCAGUCAGCAGCAAAAGUGCGGGUGCCUCAAGUAAAGGAGCUGACGGAGCGAAACAAUCUGACAAGAAGAUAAAAAAGAAGCACAAAAAGUUAGAACAAAAAAUGAUCGCCAAACUGGGUGAGCUGCGAGAACAGUUCUACAACUGGGUGAGGGACGAGCAAAAGGCAAACCAGCGGCUCGACAGUCAGUCGAAGUUCAGCAAAAAAGAACGAAAGCAACUGCUGGAAGAUUUGGAAGAGUUGCGGGAGCGUAAAAAUGCGCUGCAAGACGAAAUCAAUACGCUGGUCAGCACGAUACGCACCAGCGUACCCGAUUUUUCCUUCAAACUGGAAGCAUUUCCUUCACCAGAACCAUCAUCAUCCCACAAGGCAGGGGUGCCCUCUGGUACUAUGCCACCACCAGCACCAAAGCCUUCGAACGUUUGUGCUGCCACUUUUGCAAAACUGCAAGAAACGUUCACUCUUAUCCAACAACAGAAGCAAUUGCAGCAGCAGCAGCAGCAGCAACAGCAACAGCAACAGCAAAGUGAACUUUUGGCGCAACAAUAUCGCCAAGGGUCGGUUCAAGGUGAAGAUCGUGGUAACCGCCGCAUGGUGACCAUUAAACGCACGUUUUUGCGACACUCUGAGCCACAGGUAACUGUAACGGCUAAAGGAGAGUCACCGGACAUGGAUCAGGUGCUUUACACGUUUGUAAAUGGGCAAAUCGUACCUGCGGAAGAAUGCGGUAAAAGUGCAAGCGGUACCGGAAUCAACGCAUCUACCGCGAUAUCGUUAAAAGCGACUGAGGCAACGAUGCUAUCGACCGGUAAUGGUUCACGAAAAGUUGAUCUUGUGACGGAGCUUGACCUGCAGGAGCAGCUUGAGUAUCUUGAGCAGUUGCAGCAACAUCAUCAGCAAUCAUCCUCGAACAACACAGAGGAGCUACCAAAGCGAUCGUCUCGAUCAAAGAAAAAGUCCAGUGGAACCAACACUGUCAGUAGUGGUAGUUUGUCGACCCAACAGCAGCAAACAAUUUCAAUUCAUGAUGUGCUGCGACAAAAAGUGGAAUUGAUGCAGAAUCUACAAAACGAUCACAAACUAUAUAGCGAGGUGAUGAUGCUGGCCUCUAAGAUGAAGGAAAACUUGCUGUCAUUGCGGAACAAUCCCAAAAAAACAGUUGAACCAUGCGCCGAAGGGGCAUCGUUGCCUACGGAUAGCAUGAAGAAGCCACCGGUCUCGGCAGAGGUAGAGGCAUCUACUGAGCCUCAAAUGAAGAGUAAGAAGAAGAAGGAACGUAAAAAAGACAAGCUUAUCGAUGAGAUCGAUGAAAUUGUCGCACGGCUCAAUCUACUCGACAGUGACGAAGAAGAAGCUACUAAAGCAUCUACCGGCAAGGGUAAGAAGUCCGGUAGCGACUCGAAGGUGGUUUCCAAUCGAAAGCAGAGCAAAGAUUCCAUAAAUUCAGCCGGGAGCAGUGGUAAUGGUGGUGGUAAAGUUACCAACACCAAACAAUCGGCAAACAAUAAAAACGAUCGGUCUCGAACGGCCAACGAUCAGCAGCACCAAUCGUCGCAAACAAAAGUUCUUCAGCAACCAGCACAAGGUGCCAAGCGGCCGCCUUUAUCAGAACCAGCUUCAAAGAAGAAGACAGAAAGCAUAGAGGCGACGCGUCCUUCCAAACCAGCUCUGGCUAGCAAAGAACGGUCAAAGGAGUCUAGUGCGCGCGUGGCUACCACUAUGGUGGUCCCGGCUUCAAUUACUACCACUGUAUUAGCAGAAACGAAAAUGCGAAAAAAGGUUAAGAAAACGUUUAUCGAUCCCGAGUUUGAUAAUAAUGCCUUCCGGUUGCUCAAUCAGGAUGAAUCAGAGUCGGAAGUAGAGGAGGUUGAUGGGGAACAGUCCUUGCAAGAGGAAACUGCUGUUCAAAAAGCAUCGAUUGUUGACGCGUCGAACGUGUCUGCUGUAUUGAAAGAUUCCACUAAAACGACAGUUCCGAUCAAUCAGCUAGAAGAGAAAACCGCGGCUAGCACUGGCAAGGAUACGAAGAAGAAAGCAAAAGAAUCAACUCCUACUCUGGCCGUCAAUGAGAAAAGCAAACAAACGCGAAAAAAGGAAAUCAACCAACAGGAAUCUACAGCGAGUGGACAACAGCAACAUGUGCAGGUUGCUGAUGCUAAGGUGGUCGAAUCACAGGGAUCGGCGGAUAUGAGUCGCCCAAAGAAACUGACACCAGCCCAAUCGAUGGUAGAGAAGAUCAGCGCCUUGUUGGAUAGUCCGGGGUUGUCGCAUCGACAGCGUAAGCAAAUGAUUCGCCAGUUGGAACAAGCUCAGGCAACGAUUCAGUCGCAACUAUUGCUCAAUAGCGCCAAAGCGGUAAAAGCGAAAACUCCGCAGGCAUCGCAGGCGACGGCAGCUGCAACGAAACAGACGGAUAAGUUAUCCAGCUCCAAAUCUGGUACUGCGAGCACCGUAAAAGCAUCGAAAGAUUUGGUCGCUUGUAACCCGUUGCAGAAAUCAAAACAACAAGUACCACCGCCGGCAUCGAUUACCUCACAGGUCGCUCCGACUGCCAGCGUGUGCACCAACAACAAUCUAAUGGAUCAGCUGAGUCGUGGUGUACGCGUAGAGGGGCUAAACUUGCCACCUGGUAUCACCCUGACACGUGUCGAUCCGUGCCAAGCCGGAGCAAUUAAAGCAAAGCGCGAUUCAAUACGCUGCGAACCGCUUAAAACAGUGGCCCCUGAUCCAGUCACCAUGAUGCCUGGACCGUUUGUGGGCAAUCCACUCAGCCAAGGUAUGUUCGUGGUGAAUCCGAUGGCAGCGGCAUCCGCCGGCCCAGCGAUCAUCAGCACCAAUCAGCAUCAUCCGAUGACCGUACCGUCCGAUACAAGCCAUUUAGGUAAUGCAGGCAACCGACCGCUUCUUGUUAGUGAAUCGGACGCCAAUGGCAAUGAUAGGAAGAAGCGAGGAAAGCGGCGCAACAGAAACAAAAACAAAGAUCUCGAGAAGAUGCCUAGUGUACCAAGCGUCGGACUUAGCAACAGUGCUGUAUCCGGUGGAGGUAUGAUGGCAACAAGGAAACCGGAUGGCAGUAAUAUCAUAACACUGCGCAAUCCAAUGUUUCAAGGAUUGCCUGGAGGACCAAUGGGUGUACCGGUUGCCGGCCGUUCAGCGGAUCCUCUGAUGCCAGAUGUCCAAGGGGCUCGAACAACUCUCGGUUACGAUCAGCAAGCAACGAUCUUCAAAAACGAUAACGGUAUGUUCACCAUCCGAAAUCCAGCUUUGCACCAUGCCCUUUCCGGUGGUGUACCUCCUGAGUCGUCCGGAUUUCGUCCGUUCAAUGCAGCAUUCCUGGUCGAGAAUGGUAUAGUGCCAGCAACCAACGCUGCUCCGUACAGCCAAACGUCAACUGCUGCCCCCCUGGUUACUGUUUCCAGUGGUGGUCCCAUGACUAACAGCGGCAACGUUCCGGGAUACCUUCAACAGCGUUAUCCCCCUCCAACACUGCCAGGCAUCGGCACUGGAGACGGUCUGAUGGAUGCUACUGGAAGUGAACCACGCAAAUGCAAAUCCGUUAUAGGCAGCGAAAUGAAAAAUGCACAAAAGCACAAACAACAGCAACAGCAUAACUUACACCAUCAAGGAGCGAUAUCAUCAUCGGUAUCUGGCAACUGGCAGCAUAUGAAUGGUUCCAGUAACGAUCUUUACAUACCGUGCUCUCCAAGUGCGUCUUCGAUGGGCAGUGAGAUCAGUGGUCAUCAUCGUCAGCCUCCCUAUCCGCAGUUCGAUGAUUACAACCUUCGGUCUCAAGAACAGAUCAAUACACUAGCGUCAACAGCCAACAACGUUAAUAACUACCGGGGAAUGGGGCAAGCUGCGAGCAGUGGAUUAUACCAGCAUACUCCUGGUGGUGGUGUUCCAUCUGCAAGUGUCAGUGCGAUCGGUUCGGAACGUUCGCAUAGUUUGUUUGGAUCGGAGACAACCGGAGUCAACAGCAUUCCUCAUUGCUGCGAUGACGAUGCGCCAAGUCCGUUCUAUAACAGUGGAGGAAUCGCUUCAAUGAAUCGAUAUGAUGAUCUUUCCUUCCUGCAAAGCUUGCAACCGGGCCAGAGGCUCAACAGUGAGGUUACCAUUCACACCAUCAACGAAUCGAAGCUGUUACGGCAGCAAUCGCUGAACUUGAAUAAUGACAUACAAAUUACGAGAAUUCCUCCUCCCAAUAAUGGCGGCAACCGAUCAUCGGGGAUGUCUACUGCUUCUGCAGCAGGUUCAAGUAUGUCGUUGCAACAAUUGAUGCAGCUGAAGCAACACGAACAACAACAGCUACACUUAGCGAACCUGAGCCCCAAUGCAGCCAACUCUAUCGGCCCCGGCAAUGGUGCUGUCCCGAGAGGACCUACUGUCGCACAUAACGAUUUCAUCAAUAAUCGCUCUUCAAUUAUUGGAUCGCCAGUGUCGGUUGCUGCAUCAUCGGAGAGCCAUUCGUCAGUGCACGAUAUGAAUGCCAAAAGAUUUUUGAACGAAUAUCAGCUGGGACAAUUGCAACAACAGAUGCAUGAUCUUCAAAUUCAAGCAUCUCCUAGUAAGCAACAAAGGCCUCAGAUACAGCAACCAUUAUCCGGUGAUUUCGGAGACAACAUUUUCACAUCGAACCAUAUGCUCGGCAUGCCUGAUCUCGAUACGGAUGAUAUAGGAUCAUUCAAGCACUUCAAUUACUACUUCGAUCAAGCCAAUGGCGCUAGCAAGCGACCGGAACUCGUAGGCAAGAGCCCUUCUUCUUCUGGUAGUAGUUGUAGCACCAGUAAAGCACAACUAGGCGAAGGUGGUAAGUUAGACAGUGCCACCUGCGCAACCGAGUCCAUCUUCAGACUGAUGGAUAGCGGUAAUCCUGGUGGUGAGUGUAUAACCGAUGAACAUGAACGACCACAACAACCACCGAUCGGAACGCCUUCCUCCAAACACGUGCAGCAACAGCGGCUGCACCAAAAUGGCACGCCGGUUUCCUGUUCGGCCUCAGCUUCGUUGGUAUAUCCGGCCACUGCCGAUAGUCCGGCUUCGUCGGUAUCCGUGUUUGAUGGUAUCUCGUCGUCGCUAAGUAGUCAGACACAUUCGCUCGACGACCUUUACACCGGUCUGCUAGCCGCAUCGCCAACUGCUUCCACCGCAGUUGGUGGAGUCAGCGUUGCUGGAUGUGUCAGCAUGCAUCAGAAGCCAUGCGUCGUGGCUCUCCAGCCACAAUCGAACUCGGACCCUAUCUUGUGUGGUUCGACAAGUGUAACCGCCUCCUCGAACGGGCCAUCAGAGACCGUCUCAUUAUACGGCGAUGAAAGUGUGGAAGGUGAGCCUGUCGAAGGCAGCAAUCAGUAAUCCGUGCGAGUGCAGCCGAGUACGUCAUCAUACACUAUGCGCUACAACUAAUGCAGUGAUCCUACACAUCCGUUCACUGGAUGGAUACUCUGAAAGAGUAAAUACGCUGUACCGCCAGCGCCAGCACCUAUGGGCAGCAAGUGGCCGCUAUAAGACAACUUCAACGACCUAUUCAUUGUCGUAUGCGGUAACGUUCGAUACGGAAUUAAAAACGUCUACUGUAUAUAGGAUUGUUAUGAUUGAAGGACAUACAAGAACCGACGGCAGCCAUUGAAGCAUAGAACCGCGACAAAAACAGGUACGUUUGCAGUGAUCGCCGUUUUAUCCCAACACCAACCAACCAACCAGCCAGCUAACCAAUGCGUCAUUUUCCGGAUGGUGAUAAGAGAACCGAUAUGUUUAAGAGAAGCAACAUGAAAUAGAGCGAUGAACUGAAAAACAAG